AUGAGGGAAAGAAGAGGUAUAUCUAUGGAGGGUGAUGACAUACUUUUGAUGGAAAUGUCUCACCAAAGAGAGAUGAAUAUGGAUGACCACAUUACUCCUGAAAAAAAGAUCUGUGACUGGUGUCCUGUAUGCAAAAGAAAAGAGAGCGAACUCUUGUACUAUGUGCAGCCUGGUAUAUCCAUGCACUCCACGAGAACAUUUAGUAAGAGCUCAAAAGAAGGACGUAGUGAUACCACGUACAAUGAGGCCACAACACUUGCUUCAAACGAACAGGGGAAGAAAAAAUCGAACCCCGAUGCGGAACUGGUCUCCGAUGACAUGAAAGAAGCUGAGGCAAUGUUCUUUCUCUUGCAGGACCGUGAAAGUUGA